AUGGAUAACCACCGGACCACGUUAGAGCUGGGCAGCAUCAAUAGCAGCAACAAUAUCGGAGGCAGUACAUCCAGCUUAAAUUCCAAAGAGGCUAGACAACAGAAGGAAGAUGUCACACUGUAUUUUAAGAAGAUUGCCAGUGCCUUAUUCUAUGGCAUGGCCUCCUUUAUGAUAACCGUGGUCAACAAAACCGUAUUGACCUCCUACAAAUUCCCAUCAUUCCUAUUUUUAAGUUUGGGGCAGCUGGCUGCCAGUAUUGUGGUACUUGGUCUGGGGAAACGUCUCAAAAUCGUAUCAUUUGCCCCUCUGCAGCGCAACACUUUCAGAAAAAUAUUUCCACUGCCGCUGAUAUUCCUGGGGAACAUGAUGUUCGGCUUGGGUGGUACUCAGGCGCUGAGCCUACCAAUGUUCGCAGCUCUACGCAGAUUUUCCAUAUUGAUGACUAUGCUCCUGGAAUUGAAGAUUUUGGGCAUACGACCAUCCACUGCGGUCCAAGUCAGUGUUUAUGGUAUGAUUGGCGGUGCCCUGUUGGCAGCCUCCGAUGAUCUGUCCUUCAAUAUGCAAGGUUACACCUACGUAAUGAUAACAAACGCCAUGACAGCGGCCAAUGGCGUUUUUGUCAAAAAGAAAUUGGAUACCUCGGAAAUAGGGAAAUACGGACUGAUGUUCUACAAUUCCCUGUUCAUGUUUCUACCCGCCAUGCUGAUAACCUAUGCAACGGGCGAUUGGGAUGCAUCCAUUGCCUUUGGCCAGUGGCAUAAUCCCUACUUUGUGAUACAGUUCCUAAUGAGCUGUUUUAUGGGCUUCAUCCUAUCCUACAGCACCAUCUUGUGUACGCAAUACAAUUCGGCCUUGACAACGACAAUAGUGGGCUGCCUCAAAAACAUAUGUGUCACAUAUUUGGGCAUGUUUAUCGGUGGCGAUUAUGUUUUCUCUUGGCUCAACUGCAUCGGUAUCAACAUCAGUGUAUUUGCUAGUCUUCUCUAUACAUACGUCACGUUCCGGCGGAAACAGUCACCCGAUAAGGAAUUACUAUUGCCCACAACAACAAAAGGUGAAGCGGUUUUCUACACCGCAUCAUUGUUGAAAAAUCUCCGGACAAAGAAUCCAAAACUCUUUCGAACAAUUACAUCAUCAUUGGCCAAUGCCGAACAAAAUGUUGAACACGACAGAGCAUCUGAACAACAAUUGGAUGAGUUUACAAAAGAAUUUUUACAGAAUCGCAUCGAAAUGAAUAAAUUUCAGAAAAUAUUUCUGGGUGCUGGUUCAUCCAUUGCAGCAUUAGUGGAUCCACGAAGGCAUGAUAUGAUUGCUAGCUUGGGCGAAACUACCGGUGAACAUGCAUUGCAACAAAUUUUGCAUACUAUGAGAGCCAGUGAUGAAGGUCAGCGCAUACUACAACAGAAGCCACGUAUCAACACUCGUACAGUUAAUCUUGAGAAAUUGCGUCAGUUACCACAAAACACAUUUGGGAGGUCAUAUGUACAGUUUUUGGAUGACAAUCAAGUAACUCCAGAUUCUCGCAUGGAGGUUCGUUUCAUGGACGAUCCCGAAUUAGCUUACAUUAUGACCAGAUAUCGUGAAUGUCACGAUUUGGUUCAUGCCAUACUUGAUAUGCCAACAAAUAUGUUGGGCGAAGUUGCUGUUAAAUGGGUGGAAGCAUUAAAUACAGGUCUACCAAUGUGUUAUGGCGGUGCUGUUUUUGGAGCUAUGCGGUUAAGACCAAAACAAAGAAAACUCUACACAUCAACAUACUUACCCUGGGCCAUUAAGAAUGGCAAAGAAGCCAAACCAUUAAUGUCAGUUUUCUGGGAGGAACGUUGGGAACAAGAUGUCGAUGAAUUGCGCAAAGAACUGCAUAUUACAACACUCGCAAAAAUCAAUAAAUGA